AUGGAAUACCUCUCCGAUAUAAGCGGUCCCUCCAUAGCGAUCGCAUCAGCUCUUUCGGCCGCUGCAGGAGCUUAUCUCAAUGCCAAGUUCUCUGUUUCCAAUGACCUGGCAUCGCUAUACAAUGAACGGGCAUGGACAAAUCGUCUAGGCCAGCGAAUCGCCCAAUUGGGCGAUGCUGCUACGAUCUAUAAGAUGCUAGAGCGGGUGGUGGAGGUGGAGGGACACGGCUCAAAUGAAGCUCUGUGGUUUGAACACAAGACCUGGAGCUAUAGUGAGCUCAAGGACCUCGUUGAUAGAUUUGCUGCUCUACUACAUACAAGGGAUAUUCACCCGGGGGAUUAUGUUGGCGUUUUCACCACUAACUCCCCAGAAAUGGUGGUGGCCAUCUACGCACUCUCUAAACUAGGAGCUAUUGCUGCUCUCAUCAACACCAAUCUCCGGGACGAGACCUUUACUCACUGCCUCAGCGUCUCCGGCAGUAAAUACAUCAUUUCAACGCCCGACCUAUCGCAGGUUGUGUGCUCGGAUCUGCCUCAUUCAGCCCUAAAUCUAUCAUCUUUUGACGACGUUUCUGCGGGAGCGACAGAGACAAUCACCUCGACAGACUUACAACAACACUCUCCCUCAGGACUAGCCGCUGCCAAAAAGUCUGUGGGCGAUUUGAGCGUCCUGAUUUACACCUCGGGGACUACGGGAAAACCCAAAGCUUGUGCCAUCCGUAAUAUGAUGGCGCUUAUUACCUCUAACCCCCAUACAAUAGAUGUCAACAACCGCUCCAAGUACUACCCGCUGCGCACCUACUCUCCUCUUCCACUCUUUCAUGGCACUGCCUAUUUUACUGGUUUGUGCUACUCGAUUGGAAAUGCAGGCACUCUAUGCCUUCGCCGCAAGUUCUCGGCUUCUCAGUUCUGGAAGGAUGUUCAUGAUUCGCGAGCCACACGCAUUCUAUAUAUUGGCGAGCUCUGCAGAUAUCUUCUGUCGACCCCUCCAUCUCCCUAUGAUCGAGAUCAUGUUUGCAUUGUCGCAAGCGGCAACGGAUUGCGCGGAGAGAUCUGGGAGCGUUUCCGCGAACGAUUUGGGGUCCCUGAAAUCCGUGAAUUUUAUCGGUCAACAGAAGGUGUGGCGAAGUUCGACAAUUGGGGAGUAGGAACAUGGGGUGCUGGGAAGGUUGGGUUUUCUGGUCCUAUCAAACGGCUUCUGGAAGACGACACAAUAAUCGUCAAGUAUGAUACCGAGACGGAGGCCCCCUACCGGGACCCCAAGACGGGGUUCUGUGUUCAAGCUAAACUUGGUGAGGAAGGCGAGGCAAUUGGCCGGGUCAAGAACCGAGACCUGCUCACCGAGUACCUCCACAAUAAGGAUGCGACCGAGACAAAGCUUCUUCGGAAUGUCUUCAAGGAGGGCGACCUCUUCCAGCGCACCGGUGACCUGGUUGUGAGGGACCAUGAUGGCUGGGUCAGGUUUCAGGACCGGGUGGGAGAUACUUUCCGCUGGAAGGGGGAAAAUGUCAGCGCCGGAGAAAUCCGAGAUCAUAUUUGCCGGUUACCAUCCAUCCAUGAUGCCGUUGUUUAUGGCGUCAAAUUGAGCGGUUAUGAUGGCCAAGCUGGUGCAGCUGGCAUUACUCUCGAGGACCCCUCUUCCGCAACCGAGGAAAGUGUCAUGACUAGCCUAUAUUCAGAGCUGAAGAAGAAGGGUGUACCGUCCUACGCAUUCCCGCGCCUUGUCCGACUCACAGACAAGGUGGAAACUGGAGUUACCUUCAAGCAAGCCAAAGGAGCAUUGACCAAGAAGGGAUGGGACCCUCGGAUGGACUGGGGCGGCGAUAAGCUGUACUGGCUCAAUGGCACGGCCUACGAGAAGCUUGAUGGGCAGAGCUGGAGGUCAAUAGAGAGCGGGCAGGCGAAGUUGUGAGAAAUCACCUGUGGUGUAGAUGCAAUCCCUUAUAUAUAUAGACCUUUUCGUUGGAUACAACUACCAUUGGCAAAUUCAGAGU